GCAGAGGAUUCAUCGGCCGUGCCAUAGUCGAUGAGCUGUUGAGUCACCCGCACACCUGUGACGCCAACGUCUACGUGCUAGACACCUCACUACCCUGUGAGAACGACGCCGACUACCACGACAGUAUCACGUACAUACGCGCAGACGUCACCUCCACCACACACAUGCGUAGGGCGGUCAAUGGCAUGGACACUGUGUUCCAUGCAGCCAGCACACGCUAUCAG